AUGUCCAUAGGAUAUUCUAAUAACAAUAAUAUAGUAGACAAAACACUUGAGGCAGAGCUAAAUAAUCCGAGAAUAUUGGCUUGGUCUGUAAUUAUUAAAGAUGGUCAACCAAUCCACAAUAAUAAUGCUUUAAAAGUAGAUAAUAACUUAACUUCAUUUCCAAAUGAUUCUACAAGAACAAGUUUUGAGUUUAGAUCUCCAAGCCCAAAAAGUUCUUCCCUUAAUUCACCCUCUUUUUUUUCAAGAAGAAACACAACAGAAAAGUCAAAAAAUAAAGAAAUAGGACUGGAAAAAAAUAAACAAGAGUUUAAAGAUGAGUUUUUGAGAAAAAUUAAUGAAGAAAAUGUUACAAACAAUGAACCAAAUUUUAAUGUAGUUAAAAGAGAUUUUAGUAUAUGGAGAUGUUUAUAUUGGCCAGAAAUUGCCAUAAAUCCAGUAUAUUCAGGAGGAUAUGGCAAAAUGAGAUUAGCUUUAUGCUUGAAUAAAAUCUUAACUUCUGCUCAAGAAAGAAACCAAAAUCAUGUAAUUAUGGGAAGAACAAGUUAUGAAAAAAGAGAAUGCAUAAAUUUAUUGCCAUAUAUACGAAUUCUAUAUGAUAAUGAGCUUUUAUUCCAGUCUUGUAUAGUCAAUAAGAACAUUUGUGUUAUUCUUGAGAUAGAAGUUCACCAUCCACUAAGUAGAAUUAUUAUUGAAAUAUUUGACUUUGAUGACUCUGAUCCAUCCCUAAUAAGCAGUAGUGACAACUUAAUAGGCCAUAUAAUAAUACCAGUAGGAGCUCACUCAAAUAGAAAACCACUUGAGAAUAGAUUAAUAGUAGCUUCAGAUGAUGAUGGUAGAAUAUUAUUUAUUAGAAAAACCCACCAAAAAAAAGUGCACAAUGAGAAUUUAAUGGCUCAGAAACUACUUAGAUUUCCUAUUAAAAGCUGCGAGAGACUAAGUAAAACCAGAAAAAGUAGAUUGGAAUUGAGUGAAUCACCAAAUAUAUUUAGUGAAUUUAUUGAUGAAGAAGAGACACUUCGAGAUACCUUGAUAAGAAACUCCAGCAAAGAAAGUCUAGAUGGUUGCAUUAUAAAUGAAUUACCUAAUAUUAUAUAUUUUGAACUGGCAAAUCAGAUGGUCAAAGAUGCCAUCGAUCUUAGCCACAGUGCUGAAAUAAAGUAUAAAUCAAUUGGAAUACUUCAAGAACCUCAUUGCAGCUUUGUGGUACAAGUUUUUUCAGAAAUUAAAUGGUCAAGACUCUCAAUUAUUCCACGUGAAAUAUUUGCUCUUUAUCUUCCAGAGCCUAAAGUGAGUUCGAAAUAUAAAUAUAACAAUAAAAAUAGUAAUUACAAUUUUCACCAUACAAGUUUGAAAGAUAAUAAUCUUGAAAUUAAUAUAAAAAUAAUAAUCAACUCAAUGAUACUAUUGAAAGAAAUUUAUUAUUCUGAGUGUAUCUAUCCUUAUAAAGUAUAUAUUUGGAAACUUUUUAAUUGGGAAUUACAACUACACUCCUUGUUUGCUUUAAGUAUUAUAUGGUAUCUGUUAUUUCACCCAAAAUAUAUUUUUUCAUUGGGAUUUCUAUUUGGAUUAAUAAUAUUAUUCAUGAACUUUCAUAGGAACAAUCUUAUUUUAAAUUUGGAAAGGUCUAUUUCUAGAAAUUUGAAAACUUUAAAUUCUGUUGACUAUGGAACUGACGAAUUAGAAGAUAAUAUUCUUUGUUCCCCAAUAAAAAGCAAUAAUCACGCAAAAUCUCUGCCUUUAAAUAACAAUUCUAUUCCAUUAGAAAACUUGGAGGAAAGUAAAUCAAUCGAAAAUAUUGAUUUUACAAUUUUGGAAAAUCUUUUAACAUCAAUAUGUUCACCAAACACUAUUAAAUACAUUCAGAAAUUCUCUUAUAUAUUUGAAAAAUCAGCAAUACUUAUUUAUGGAAUUAUUAAACUUCAUUUUUGGGGAAAUUUCUUUCAAAGUAUAUUAUUGGCUUUUGCUUAUUCAAUAUUUUUUCUUAUAUCAUUAUUAUAUUCAAAUGAAUUCUCUAAAUACAUGCGUUACUUUUUUCUGACAGCAGUUUUACUUCCAUCAACAUAUUUCCUUCCUCCUAUUAAAGGAUUUCUAAGAAUUAUCAAAUCUUACAAAAAAUUCAAGAAAUUGAAAAAAAAUAGAUAA